AUGGAUUUCGAAAUGAAUGAUUCUAUUGAAGCAGAGAGACGAAAAUAUAUACUAUUAACAUUAAAUGGAUAACCAGAUGCAAAUAUAAUAAGGUUUAAGUUCUUUUAAGUAAGAUUUUGAUUUAAGUUAGAGAUAAAUUUGUAUGGUUGAUAUCAAAAUGAAAGCAGAGAAUUACUAUCAGAUGAAAAUUCAAUAGCUUAGAUUAUUCACAUAAUAAGGGAUAGAGAUAUUUUAAGAGGAUCUUCCAUAUAUAAAAGAAGGGACUCUUCUGUAUAUAUCAGAUAGUAUGAAUUGUAUCGAAUUUGAUUCUUAGGCAACGAUUUUGAUGCUUAUUCAUAGAUAAGUGUUUACUAAAUAGUAAAAGUAUUAGGUGAAGGUGGAUUUGGGAAAGUAAUGUUAGGUAAACAUAAGGUAACUGGAGAGUAAGUAGCAAUAAAAUUGAUAGAUUCUGGGAAAUUAUGGAAUGCAGAGGAUAUAGAUUUAGUAUUUAGAGAGGCAGAAGUAAUGAAGAAUUUAAGACAUAAUAAUAUAAUAAAGAUAUUGAAUUGUUAUACAUUACCUAAUAUGUAAGUGGUUUUAAUAAUGGAAUUUUUAUAGGGAGGGGAUUUGGUUGAAUAUAUUUAAGGUAUCUUAUAAAAAUGAUUAAAUUUUAAGAGAAGGGAGGAUUAUCAGAAGAGGAAGCAAGAGUAAUAUUUAGAUAGAUUGCAGAAGCAAUUCGUUAUUGUCAUGAUAAAAGAUUGAUUCAUAGAGAUUUGAAAUUAGAAAAUGUGUUAUUAACAUCAAAGAUUGAAAAAAUAAUAAAGAUAAUAGAUUUUGGAAUAGCAACUGUUUCAACAAAUUUUACAAUGGAUAAAGUAGAUAGAGGAUCUUUAAGUUACAUGCCUCCAGAAGUAGUAGGAGGCUAAGCAACUGAAAUAAGACCAUCAAUAGAUAUUUGGGCAUUAGGAGUUAUAUUAUAUGCUCUUGUUUGUGGUUAUUUACCAUUUACUUCUAGAAGUGAUGAAUAAACUAUUGACAAUAUUUUAAAAUGUAAUUAUUCUUUCCCUUCUCAUCUUAUUCUAACUAAAGAAUAUAAAGAAUUAAUUACCUUUUUACUUAAUCCAGAUCAUACUGAAAGAUAUUCAGCUUAUUAAGUAUUAAGUCAUCCAUGGAUGUAAAAAGUAUUAACAUAAUCACCUACUAAAAUGCUUAAUCCACGUACUUUAGCUAAUAAAAAGAAUAAAAAAACUUUGAUUUAAAUGGGUAUUAAAAAAGAAAUCACUAUGGCUGGACCAACUCGUUAUUCUUAGUAACCUUAAAUUAGAGCUGGGGCUACUAUGUUAAAAACUACUUCUAAUUAAGGUUUUGUUUAAGUAGUCUAUGAUCUUUAAUCUAAAAAUCUAUUGGUAAACAAUAUAGUUUAUUGUAAUUAGAAAUAAGAAGAUUAAUCAUCUCCUCGUUCCUCACUUAAUUUCUUUGGUGAUUUAGUUAAUAGAUCUAAUCAAGAAACAGAUCAAAUUAUUACGACAGAAAAACCUUCUAAAACACCUAUUACAAGAAAAUAUUCAGAUUUUAAUCAAAAAUUAAUUGAUAAAAUAUUUUUAGAAGAUUCAAAAAGAGAAAAAAUUAAAUAAUGGAGAAAAAAUUAAGCAAAAAAAUAAGCUAAUCAUAUUAAAUCAUAAUCUCAAGGUUCCAUUGCUAAUUGUGUUUAAAAUAAUUAUUAUUCUGCCAGAAGUUCAAAUAAUUCUCCUCUUUAAACAGCUUCUAGAUCAAGACUCUAAUCUCCAAAUUAACUUUAUAGUUUUAGAAAUACAGCUUAAUCUAAAAGAAAACCUUAAAGUUAACUUGAAAUUCAAACCAUUCUCAAUUUAAGUUAAAAAGUUGAAUGGAAAUAAUUAUUUGCCAGUCCCACAUACUCUUAAAGAAAUACUCCAUUCAAAAUUUAAAAAACAAAUUAACAUCAAGCUGAUUAACUCUAUAAAUUAUAAAUCUAAUUUAAACAUCGUAAAAGAAAUUCAGAUAAUCUCUUACAGAAAUAAUUAAAUUUAAAUAAUAAAGACAUUACCAUUUAGAAAUUAUGCAACAUUAUAUUUUCAGCCAGAGUAAGAGCAAACAAUAAAUGA